AUGUAUCACCGCUACGAGCUGCUAAACCUUCCUCACCACCCCCUCCACCCUUUCACGCAUACCCCACCUCCUGAUCUUGCCUCUCGGACCCGCAGCUGCUAUUGUGACUUCCUGAUCAACCCCCACCCGCCUAAAUCCCCCUUCCUCACGCCAACGUUUCUACCUUGCGUUGGCCACCCAGCCUCCCCAGACCGUUCUAACCCCACUCCGUCCACCGACUGUGCCGUCAUCCACACUCCCCUCCACGCUUCGCUCCGCCCCCAGCCCUCCACCGUAACCGUCACCCCACCUCCACCUGUGUCCCUCCACCCACCUACAACCUUCCUCACCCCCACCACUCACCUUGUCACGCCAUCCCUUUAA